AUGGAGAAAGGAAACCAACAACCCGAAAUGCCCAAGCAAGAGCCAGUACCCAUGCGCGAGCAAGCCAAGCAAGGUGGGAGGUGCUGCGGAGGAUGCUGUGACUACCGCCGUGCGGUGAUAGUGUUGUGCAUCAUCUCUCUCAUCUUUACCAUCAUUGGACUUGUCAAUCCUGCACUCAACCGAGCCUUCCAGUCUGAAGCAUACCCUGAAUUGGAACAAAUUGUUAAUGAUCACAACACCAGCCUUCUUGCUAUUGGCAUUGUUCAUAUUAUCAUGACUGUUGUUGCUCUUGUUGGUGCUAUCAUUUUCAACUUCUUCAUGGUCGCCCUCUACGUCCUCUGGUCCAUCUUGAACUUGAUCAUUUCCAUCGUCCUUCAACAUCAAAUGUUUGAGGAGUUGUUAGACUGGGUCGAAACACAAACUGACGACGAAGCCUGGUCGACCAAUAACCAGGAUGAGCUUGAAACAGCAUUCAACACUUACAUGAUCGUCAACUACGUCCUCACUGCUAUCUUCACUUUGUUGUGGGUGUACCCAUCUGUUUUCUUGUCUGUUGAGAUCAAGAAGGGAAUCAUGACCAAGGAGACUUACCCUCGUGAGGAAAUGUCUUGCUGCUGUGUCGGUAACCGCAACUAA